UGCAACGCGAGUGUCUGUGAUGACUGAGGAAUCAAUGGCUGUACGAUCGCCAAUUCUUACCCUCCUCCAUAAAUCCUCUCUAAACUCAUAUAGCUAGCUACUACAGUCUCUAGCUCCUCUGUUCAACCAUUUCCUUCCUCUGCUUCUCCCAAGGGAGUAAAAUUCUAUCAAUAUGAAGACAUGUUUUUUACUCAUCAUGUUCAUGUUCUCUUUCGCUUCUUCAUCGUCCGAUGGUUUUAUGAGGAUUGGUCUAAAGAAAAGAAACUUAGAUCUUCGUUCCAUUAAAGCUACAAGAAAAUCUGGAACUCAAUUCCUAACAGACAGCAGCAGCAGCAGCAGCUCUGAUGUUGAUAUAAUUUCACUGAAGAAUUACUUGAAUGCUCAAUACUAUGGAGAGAUUAGCAUUGGAUCUCCUCCUCAAACAUUCACUGUCAUAUUUGAUACUGGCAGUUCCAAUUUAUGGAUUCCUUCAUCCAAAUGCUAUUUCUCUAUUGCUUGCUGGUUCCAUCCAAAGUACAAGCACAAGAAAUCCACCACAUAUCUUGAAAUUGGUGAUCGGUUAGCAAUACAUUAUGGGUCUGGAUCAGUAUCUGGAUUCCUCAGUCAAGAUCAAGUUAAAGUUGGUGAUCUGGUGGUAAAUGAUCAGGUAUUUAUGGAGGCUACCAAAGAAGGAAGUCUAACAUUCGUAUUGUCUCAGUUUGAUGGGAUAAUUGGCCUUGGUUUCCAGGAAAUUUCUGUUGGCAAUAUUGUUCCAGUCUGGUACAACAUGAUCGACCAAGGUCUUGUCGAGAAGGAAGUGUUCUCAUUUUGGCUUAAUCGCGAACCUGAGGCUGAGGAGGGCGGUCAACUUAUUUUCGGUGGUGUUGAUCCAAAACAUUUCAAGGGGAAUCACACUUAUGUCCCUCUUACUCAAAAGGGUUAUUGGCAGUUUGAUAUGGGAGACUUUCUCAUUGGAAACCAAUCAACAGGUUUUUGUGUGGGCGGAUGCGCUUCUAUUGUGGAUUCAGGGACAUCCUUACUUGCUGGCCCAACCACAAUUGUGACACAAAUAAACCAUGCAAUUGGAGCAGAAGGUGUUGUGAGUAUGGAAUGUCGGUUAGUCGUUGAGCAAUACGGAGACGUCAUAUGGGAUCUCCUUGUUUCAGGGGUUCGUCCUGAUCAAGUCUGCGCACGAAUUGGGUUAUGUGCUCAUAACAAGGUUGAAGAUGAACCAAAGAGAAUUGAGAUGGUUGUUGAAGAGGAAUUGGGAAGGAAAAUUGACCCUGUUUGCACAUCGUGCGAAAUGCUUGUUGUUUGGGUACAGAAUCAGCUGAAGCAAGAACAAACUAAAGAAAGUGUUUUUAAUUAUGUGAAUCAGCUUUGUAAAAGCCUUCCAAGUCCAAUGGGUGAAUCAGUAGUUGACUGUAAUAGCUUGUCUAAGUUGCCCAAUAUUACUUUCACAAUUGGAGGCAAAGCUUUUGAUCUCACUCCUGAACAGUAUGUCCUCAAAACUGGAGAAGAUCCUGUGACCAUCUGCAUUAGUGGAUUCAUUGCUCUGGAUGUGUCUCCUCCCCGCGGUCCUUUGUGGAUUCUUGGAGAUAUAUUCAUGGGUGUGUAUCAUACAGUUUUUGACUCUGGCAAUCUUCAAGUGGGUUUUGCCCAGGCAGUUUAAAUAUAUAUAUAUAUAUAUAUAUAUAUAUAUAUAUAUAUAUAUAUAUAUAUAUAUAUAUAUAUAUAUCCUAUGUAUCAUAAUGCUAUAAACUAGGUUAAUCCCAUGAAUUAAUGAAUGUAUAUGUAAAUGGUAGCUUUCUGGUCAUCUUCAACUGGAUAAUAAUAAUAAUGUCUUGUGAAAAU